AUGACAACAUCCUCGAGGAGAGAUGGACACAUGAGAAUGAGGCAAAAAGAGGAUAGAAAGGAGAGGGGAGAUAGGGUGAAUAGUAAGAGCAGCGCGAACAAGUUUCAAGUGGCGGGGUCAGCGGAACAUGUAAUGACUCAGAAGAUCAAGCGGCAGGGGUCAGAAGGAAGAGCAGGAAGACCAGACAUCAAAACAACAAGUGGGACGGCAGAGGAAGCAGUCCAUAUUUCUAAACGUCAAAGGGAUGUUGCUGCGAGUGGGUUUGGGGGAGGGGGAGGAGCAGAUGAUUCUCAGAUUGGUGCAGUGAACAGUAAGGUAGUGGCGGUUGGAAGGAAUGUGGCGGUUGGGAGGAAUGUGGCAGAAAUGUGGCAGCUGGGAGGAAUGUGGCGGUUAGCAGAAACGUGGCGGUUGGUAGAAAUGUGGCGGUUGGAAGGAAUGUGGCGGUUGGAAGAAAUGUGGCGGUUGGAAGAAAUGUGGCGGUUGGGGAAAUGUGGCGGUUGGAAGAAAUGUGGCGGUUGGCAGGAAUGUGGCGGUUGGAAGAAAUGUGGCAGUUGGAAGGAAUGUGGCGGUUGGAAGAAAUGUGGCGGUUGGAAGGAAUGUGGCGGUUGGAAGGAAUGUGGCGUUACCGUAAAGGGCCCCUGGCAACCCGGUUGGAUUUCCCCACGGCCCGCGGCUAGUCCACUUCAAAAUACUCCAAACAUUUGCAUGUUCUUUGGUCUUCAGGCCAGACACUUGCUGUCUGAUACUUGA